AUGACCUCACAUAAGGGACCAAUCAUUGAUCCAACACUAAAGUUCAAACCUUCAGAAAAACUUUAUAAAUACAUUACUAAGUUGAAAAUACCUGUAGAAGAUCUUCCAUCAGGUAUUUAUGCAUUAGUUACUAAAAAUAAGGUAACAGGUUUGUCUAAAACUGAUGAUACGAAUACACAUAUUUUGGUUUCUGAUGACAUAGAAAAAAUGAAUAAUUUAGAGAAGAAAAUAGAUAAUCAUUUAACGAGUUCUUCACCUAAGGCUGAAAAAACAAAAGUAGUCGAAAAGAUUUUGACAGUUCCAGAUUUGAAGUGGCUGUAUGACCACUGUGUAGAAGAGAACAAGAAAAACACAAAAAAGGUAUAUCUUCAUGAACUAUUAGAGGGAUCAGAACUAUUAUUGCCUCCAAAUGCACAAAUUCCAAGAAACCCUGAAUUAGAAAAAAGAUGUCAAAAAUUGAGAAUAGAACAAGAGAAUGAAAGGUAUAGGAACAUGACAAAGAAUGUGGACUCUUCCAGGAAAAGAUUGCCCGAAGACACACUUAGUUAUCAAAUGAAAGAGAUGAACAAACAGCUAAUAGCAAUAUUUCAGUUCAUAGUCUCUGUAGCUGCUGGUUUUGCAUUUGGUUUCAUUGGAGUUGAAGUUUUAGUGGGUCCUUUGGAUUUCGGAUUCAAGCUUUUAUUGGGAAUUAUAUUUGCACUUAUUAUUGCAUUGGCGGAACUAUAUUUUCUGGCUAAAAAAUUGAGUGAGGAUUAUAAGGAACCAGAUAUUCAUAAAGGAAAAACUAAAAUAGAUUAAUGUUGGAAGUGGAAAUAUGUAAUUGAUUCUAUCUCAUAGAAUAGUAGUAAUUAGUUUUAUAUCAAUUUAAAAUUUGGCCAUUUGAAAUUCUUUCAAUAUUAUAUAUGUAUCUUUAGAUAUAUAAUCUGGAAAUUUAGUAUCAAUCAAAAUUAUUUAGCGAUUAGUAUUUUAUCCUUAAUUCCUAAAUUCCAAAGUAAUUUCAGUCACCCAUACAUGAUUUUAUGAUUAAUUCAUUACUAUUGUGAUUUUUUUGUUGAUGGUUUUUGUUUAUUAUUGUAUAUGAUCAUGAUUUGUUACAAAGUGGAAAUUUUAAUUCUCAUUAUAAUAUGGAAUAAUUUUUAUACACACAAUUGUUUUGUAUUUCUCAUCAUAUUGAAUUUUAUGACUUGGAAUGUAAUUUUUUGUCUUAAUUGAUAUAAUAUAUAUUAUACAUUUG